AUGAACGCGCAACGUGUAAAUAAUUACUUGGGAUACGAGGGCGGUCAGAGCCAGAAGGGGCCCCGGUGCCCCGCCCCCUCCCCACCGGCCCAGCGCACAAAAAGCGCACACGCACACAUCAAACGCCAUGCGCACGCGCACGGCAAACGUCACACGUUACGCACGCGCGCGCUGUGCCCUCCCCUGCAGCCGGUUCCCUCCCCUUCGGGCCAGCGCGUAUUGCCCACCCCCUGCUACAAGACUGCUGAGCGCCAGGCGCUGGGACUGGACGUAUACGGACCCUCGCGAGCCCCGGAACUCGCGUUCCCACGCCAGACCUCAUCCCUUCUGACUGAGACGCCUUCGCCCUACCGUCCUUUCAACGCCGCAGGCGCCAGGGGUCCCUCCCCACCGCCGAGCUCCAGCCGCCGCCCGCCCGCCUUCGGGGCAGCGCGGGGACCCCCUGGCCCUCGCCCAGUACUCCGGGGCUCACCCGCCACUCCUCGCUGCGUAGACCCGGGGGCGAGGGAUUGUUUCCCACUAGAGACUGGAGGCCGGGGAAGGACUCGCCGCAUCCAAUCAAGGAUAUUGUUACCGGGGAUCAUUGCUCCCAGAGCUCCCAAGAUGGUGGCGGGCUGCUUCCAAGAUCGUGGCAAGCCUCACGUUCUCUGACCUGGGGUUCUUGGCCUCAUGGAUUCCAAGAAAUGGAAUUUUGGGCUAUGCAGUGAGUGUUAGAGCUCUAUUAGAAGCCGUGGGUCACGGAAGAGAACCGUGGAACCCAGUGACUAGUGUUCAGCUCGAUUAGGACAAACCCGGGACUUAGCUGUGCGGAAACAAUGGCAAGCCUUUAGCCCAACUUGGGAGCGGCAAUGGGCACCUCGCUGGAUCAGGAGCACAGCGGACACCCUGCUGGAUCCAGAGGGAUGGAAGUCAGCGGCGGGUCUGCAAAGGUGGCAAACAGCAGUGGUGGAUGGCGAGCGAAAACUCAGCUCAAGCCAUAACAAACAGGGACCAGAAGAGAGUGCAGUUGCAAGAUUUAAUAGAGUGAAAACACAGCUCCCGUACAAAGGGAGGGGACCCAAAGAGGGUAGCUGUUGCGGGCUCCAAUGCCUGGGUUUAUAUCCCGAUCAUUGUCCCUCCCGCUGUGCUCUCGGGCAAAAGCUGAUUGGCUAUUUCUUUACCUCCUGUUUUUGCCUAAUUAGCAUUUUAGUGAGCUCUCUUUACUACCUGAUUGGUUGGGUGUGAGCUAAGUUGCAAGCCCCGUGUUUAAAGGUGGAUGUGGUCACCUUCCCAGCUAGGUUUAGGGAUUCUUAGUCGGCUUAGGAAAUCCAGCGAGUCCUGUCUCUCAUUAUCACAGUACAUUUAUUUGUUAUGUCUUAGCCUUGGCCAGUUUGUAAUAGUUUCUUGCUCCUACCUUGUCUUUCAUGACCUUGAUAUGAAGAUAAAAGCAUGCUGUCUUGACUUCAGUCCUCCCACCUUGGCUUCCCAAAGUGCUGGGAUUACAGGCAUGAGCCACCAUGCCCAGCCUAUAGUUUAACUUUAAAACAAGAAUGAUAAUGAUCCCUUCCUGAAACUAACCCCCUCAUUUGGGGACAAAAAUCACCUUUGUAAAACUAGUGGAAGUCCACAAGUUUAGAAUUAUGGUAGGGACCUGAAUUCUGUAAGAUGUAGGCAUAAACUCUAACCAGUUUUUGCUUUAUAACCUGCCUUUUUGUAACUGCUUACUACUCCAGAGUCACAUACCCAGUGGUCACAAGAUUUAUAACAUCUCCAAUUGUCCCGAUAGAUAAUGUCACGAUUGUAAAACCUAAAACUAGUGUUUGAGAUAUUUUUCAGACUUUACAUUCUGAUGGACCAACUGGUGCCACUGGGACCAGUAACCCAUAGCAAAAAAUGGACUCAGUUGAUCCUGUGAUCCCCUUCAGGAAAUGAUUUAACACAAGAAGACAAUUUCAACACCCCUAUGAUUUCAUCCCUGACCCAGCCAAUCAGCAUUCCCCAUUCUCUAGCCUCCUGAUGGGCAGGAGGCUAGAGAGGUUCGAAUUUCAUCCUUGAAAAACUGUAGCCUCCAAAUUCUUAGAAGGCAGAUUUGAGAAUUAUCUCUCAUCCUACCUGCUUGGCCACCCUGCAAUUAUUAAACUCUUUUUCUGCUGCAAUCCUAUCGUUCUCAGGAGAAGAACCCGCAUGGUAACAUUCUCCUGAUUAGACUGAGGUUGUGAGUUUUUAGGAAGCACCCCACAAACAGGAUGUGAUAUCAGAUGGCAUGAUAUCAACGUGACUUUUUACUGGCUAAUUGACCAUGAUUACAUGUAUUAAAUUAAAUUUGUCCUGAGGCUGCCUCCCUACCUUUAGGGCAGAUGUAAGGAACUGCAACCUAUCUUGGUUUGUAAACAAACAAAGUCUAGCUUGUUAUACUUUUAUAACUGGCUGAGUCAGCCAGUUACAGAAGCUGAGCUAAAGCCACUUACAGGCUGCCAACUAAUCAGACCAUUUCCAAAUAAGGCCAAAGUUGAGCUGUAACCAGUCAAACUGUUUCUGUAGAGCACUUCUGUUUUCUAUCUAUAAAUACUCCCUGCCCACUUUAUAGAAUUAUCUGAACCUCUUCUAGUUCUGAGUAUUGUCUGAUUCAAGAACCUGUCUUUGCUGAAAUGAACUCGGCUAAACUUAAUUUUCUAAAAUUUGUCUUUUAACACUUGGUUAAGGUGGUGUCUGAUAGGUUUCUCCCUAUUUUUCCCUUUCCAGUCUAUAUGUAGAAGUGGGUCUGUAUGUCCAGCCCACACUCAAGGGGAAAGGAAAUAAGCUCCAUUUUAAAUUUGUGGUUAUAUUUUUAAAUUACCACACUAAUUAGUAAAUUCAGGGAGAGAUUCUUUGAGACUAUGCAAAUACCCUAUUUCUACUUUUCCACUGAUUUUAGUUAUCACUGGUGGAUCUUGGCUGCAACCAUUACUACUGUGGUGUUCCAAAUGGUGAUGUCCUGUGUGAACUCUGAAAACUUGAGACAGGUCUCAGUUAAUUUAGAAAGUUUGUUUUGCGGCGGGGAGCUGUGGCUCACGCCUGUAACCGCAGCACUUUGGAAAGCCGAGGCGGGUGGAUCACGAGGUCAGGAGUUCAAGACCAGCCUGACACUCUGUCUUAAAAAAAAAAUAAACUUUGUUUUGC